AUGGCGGACGAACGUUCGAGACAACAGCUCAUCAACCGCCGGACGACGCUCAUCGCUGCGCUAGGAAGAGCGGAACAAUUCGUCGAGAAAUACGUGGCGGAACGGGACAGUGGCCAGGUGAAACUACGUCUCGAGAGCCUCGAUACCGUGUGGAUGGGAUUGGAGGAUGUGCAGACCCAGCUCGAGGACCUGGAACUGACCAACCAAGGUAUGGCGCAAAAUCUCGCUUUCCGUUCCCACAACGAAACCCGCAAUUUCCAAAUUAAGGCUUCUCUUCAAUCCUACCUCCCCAAUGUACCACCUUUGACAAACGCAAUUCUCCAAUCGUCUCCCUCUGGCCUGUCUGGCAUCAAACUACCAACCAUUUCCCUGCCGGAGUUCGACGGGGACUACAACAACUGGUUAGCUUUCCACGACACGUUCGUCGCUCUAAUCCACUCCAACCCCGACGUUCACGACAUCCAAAAGUUUCAUUACCUCCGUGCUGCUCUGAAAGGAGAGGCAGCACAGCUAAUCGAAUCCAUCGGCAUCAGCUCCGCUAAUUACCCUAUUGCAUGGCAAACCCUCGUCUCUCGCUACGCUAACGAAUAUCUCAUCAAAAAGCGACACCUUCAAGCCCUCCUCGAUUGCCCUCGAAUGAAAAAAGAAUCCGCCGCUGCAUUGCAUUCCGUCGUCGACGAGUACGAGCGCCACACCAAGACCCUCCGCCAACUUGGCUACCACCCACUCGAAACCGAACAAUCAUCCACCACCGUUCGCCCAUCAACGUACACACCGAAGCCCAUCGUCAAACAAGAUGCAGCACCCAACCGGCGACCACCCACUUCCACGAAUGCUGUCAGUGAACAGACGUCCAACUCCUCGCAAACAUCGAACGCCAAUGUUUUGCUUUCGACAGUCGUGUUGAUGGUCCUCGAUUGUAAUGGUCAAGCUCACCCCGCACGAGCUCUGUUGGAUAAUGGAUCGCAAUCCAACAUCAUCAGCGAUCGACUAUGCCAGCUCCUCCGUCUCAAGCGAAACAAGAUUAACAUCCCAGUGUUCGGUGUCGGUGAGUCGUCCUCCAGUGUCAACCACUCGGUCAGUGCUACUAUCAGGUCGAGAACCUCCGAUUUCGAGAUUGGUUUGGACUUCCUCGUCAUGCCCCGUAUAACGAUCGAUUUGCCCGUUGUUUCCUCUCCUUCCAAUGACUGGCAUGCCCGCAAGAUCUUCAAAGGUGAAAACCCGAUCCUCAUCAAGAGCGUUUUCGGCUGGAUUGUCACCGGUAGGAACCAAACUCCCCUGAAAUCGCCACCCGAAGCAUGCGAUGUCUCGCUUUCCGAUCCACUCCAUGAGGCUAUGGAACGCUUUUGGCUUCUCGAAGAGGUAGAAAACCGUCCAAACUACUCGGUGGAAGAACAGCAAUGCGAAUCCCACUACAUUUCCAAUGUCUCACGUACACCGGAGGGAAGAUAUAUCGUCCGUUUGCCCCGUCAUCCAAAUUUCGAUCACAUGCUCGGUGAGUCAAAGUCUGCUGCACUGCGUCGGUUCUAUUCCCUGGAGAGACGGCUGAGCAGGGAACCCCAUUUAAUGGAAGAGUACCACUCUUUCCUAUCCGAAUACCUUUCGCUUGGACACAUGCGAGUUGUUCCACCGAGCGAAGAGGAACCGCAGCAGGUGCAUUAUUUGCCCCACCACGCCGUACUGAAAGAGGCCAGUACAACCACCAAAGUGCGUGUAGUCUUUGACGGAUCCGCGAAAACCUCCACCGGAUAUUCCCUCAAUGACGCCCUCCAAGUCGGUCCGAUUGUUCAGGACGAGCUACUGACACUAGUCCUCCGAUUCCGCAAGUACCCAAUAGCCCUCGUAGCGGACAUCGCGAAAAUGUAUCGCCAGGUGUUACUGCAUCCCGACGACACACCACUACAGCGAAUUCUCUGGCGAUUCCAUUCAGACGACCCGGUCACUUCGUACGAAUUGUCUACGGUUACCUAUGGGCUAGCACCGUCAUCAUUCCUUGCCACUCGAACCCUGCAACAGCUCGCUGCCGACGAAGGAGAUGCCUAUCCGCACGGAGUCCCCGCUCUGAAGAAGGGAUUCUAUGUGGACGAUUAUACAUUAUUAUGUAUAGGGGGAGCGGAUACAGAGGAAGAGGCAAUCGAAACACGGGAGGAACUUGACGAACUGCUGGCCAAAGGAGGAUUCCAAUUGAGGAAAUGGGCAUCCAACAGCGAAAAGUUUCUGGAAGGACUCGACCCAUCGCAAAUUGCAACCCAACCAACGAUGAAAUUUGACCACGAAGAGCCCAUCAAAGCGCUCGGGAUCUGUUGGGAACCCAGGACGGACCUGCUGAGAUUCGACUCGACCCCUACUGUCGGAAAUGGUCCACCAACUAAACGUUCUAUUCUGUCUGCCGUUUCAAAACACUUCGAUCCCCUAGGUCUCACCGCCCCAGUCAUCAUACGAGCAAAAAUGUUACUGCAGGAGCUCUGGCUGCAGCCUUGCGGGUGGGAUGAAGAGGUAUCUGACGCUAUUCAUGACAAGUGGAACAACUAUUGCACCGACCUACCGAAGAUUGUCUCCUACCGUGUUGAACGAUAUACAUUUCUGCCGAAUUCCUACGUUCAGCUGCACACAUUUUCGGAUGCAUCCCAGCAAGCAUACGGCGCUUGCAUUUAUGCCCGUUCCACAGACGUCGAAGGUUCCGUAAAAGUCCGAUUGAUCGCUUCCAAAUCGAAGGUAGCCCCCCUCAAGCGAGUUUCCAUUCCCCGUCUGGAGCUAUCUGCUGCUGUGCUGGCUGCGCGGUUGCAUAAGCGAGUUUCCGAAGCAUUGGAUAUGCCUAUCACUGCUUCCCAUUUUUGGUCCGAUUCCACCGUCACACUUGAGUGGCUUCGAUCGCCUCCAUACACUUGGAGCACCUUCAUCGCGAAUAGGGUUUCUGAAAUCCAAACCACAACACAGGGAUCCUAUUGGCACCAUAUCGCAGGGAGAGAGAAUCCAGCGGACCUAGUCAGCAGAGGAAUGACCGUCGAAAAAUUCCGAUCCAGCAACUUGUGGCACCAUGGGCCAGCCUGGCUAACAGCACCUGAAACGGAGUGGCCAAUUAGUACCCAGCAGCAGAAAACACCCGAAGAAAUCCUGGAGCGACGAAGAAUGGUGGCGGCUGUGCAAAAUAAGCCCGAAGUGAAUGGCAUGUUUGACACAUCGCUGUGCUAUAAUCGUUUGACACGAGUGACAGCAUACUGUCUGCGCUUCAUCCAAGCUUGUCGUAGUGGUCGUCAUCGAACUACAUCGUCACCGUGUCCCGAGUUGGAUGUGAUAACAAAUGCAAUCACCGUUGAGGAAAUGUCAGCAGCCCGGAUGAAACUAAUCAAGCUAGCCCAAGCAGACGUCUUUGCAGAGGAGAUUAGAUACUUGGGGAAGGGAAAAGCGGUUCCCAAGCAUUCGAGCCUACGUCUUCUGAGCCCUUUCAUCGACGAUUCGGGAAUAUUGAGAGUUGGGGGUAGAUUGCGUUUGUCAGAUCAGCCUUAUAUAACCAAACAUCCCAUCCUCCUUCCCAAUUCCCAUCCAUUAACACGGUCAAUCGCCAUGCACUACCAUCUGAGGCUACUCCACGGUGGCGGCCGUGUGACCCUAGCGGCCAUUCGCCAAGAAUUUUGGCCGAUACAAGGAAGGCGAUUGGUCAACCACAUCGUACGGAAUUGCUUCCGUUGUUCUAGAGCCUCACCCGUUCUCGCCAAACAACAAACUGGACAACUGCCGCUGCAGAGAAUUACCCCGAGCCGUCCUUUUUCUGUCACUGGAGUAGAUUUUGCCGGUCCGGUCUACAUGAAAGCAAUCCACAAACGCGCCUCACCAACCAAGGCCUACAUCAGCGUCUUCGUUUGCUUCGUCACGAAAGCUGUGCACCUAGAGCUGGUGAGCGACCUCUCCACACCAGCAUUUCUCAACGCGCUACGAAGGUUCAUCGCUCGUCGCGGGUGCCCCACACACAUACACUCCGACAACGGAAAGAAUUUCGAGGGAGCCCGCAACGCACUACACGAAUUGUACCAAAUGCUACAGCGAGAGAAGGCAUCCGGAUUCAUUGCCACACACUGCUCAAGCCAGGGAAUCCAGUGGCAUAUGACUCCACCGAAGGCCCCACAUUUUGGCGGACUGUGGGAAGCUGCCGUCAAGGUGGCCAAGAAGCAUAUGUACCGUCAGCUAGGAAAUACGAAGCUGUCUUUCGAGGAUAUGUCGACGGUAUUGGCGCAGAUAGAAGGCGCUAUGAAUUCUCGUCCCUUGACACCACUCACGGAGGACCCCAAUGAUUUAGCCGUUCUGACACCAGCCCACUUUCUCAUCGGAACUACACAGUCUGCUCUCCCCGAUGCCGAAGUAUGCCAGGUUCCGAUCAACCGCCUCGACCACUAUCGAGCCCUGCAACACCGAGUUCAACAAUUUUGGCAUCAGUGGCAGACCGAAUAUUUGCAGGAACUGCAAAAAGAAAACAAAAUCAACGCUCCCAAUACAGCAAUUCAGCCCGGCAGGAUGGUUGUCGUCGUCGAUGAAUUCCUAGCUCCCGUCAAGUGGCCUCUAGCGAGAAUUGUCAACACCAUCGAAGGACCAGACGGGCUCAUCCGAAUCGUUGACCUGCAUCUUGUUUGGCGAGUGCGGUGCUGCUUGAUUCCGAUGCACAUCGGCGGAAUUAGAGUUUGGCCCGCCAUAAUGUACCGGAAGAUUGGUUCCGGACACGACAUUGGCGCAGUCGGAAUGCAAUUCUGGCGCGCAAUGUUGUUGCCAUUGCCCAGACUCCUCGGCAGUCAGUGGUGCGGUGGUGAGUGCCGUGACGGCGAGACGCCCGAGAAAUGGAUUGCACUUGUGCCACCACGCGGGAACAAGCAGCAGGUUUGGGGUCCGGGUUAA